AUCACGACCAACGAAGAAUAAAGCUCUCCGCUGGCGCCAUAUGAGCAAAACCCUAAACCGUUCGAGUUUGAUCAUCGAUGGUGCUGUGGGCGUAUCCACCAACGCGAAAGCAACUCGCCAUAACGAUCGGGUUCCUCAUCACCGGGGCUUCACUUUUCUCCGCCGGAGCUUACCUCUCCUUUGCCAACAUCGCUCCUCAGCAAGCCCGUACCAAGGCCCGUAGCGAUUUCGUCAAGGACCGCCUUCGAAAGAUGCUGGACGAUUAGCUUCUGUUUCCACUUUUACCUAAUAAUCUUUUUGCGUUUUGUGGUACAUGUCAAUGGCAACUUCAAAUACACCUGUUGAUGCAGAUAAUUUUGAACUUGAAAGUGCAAGUGUGAAUCAAAGUAGCUCAAUAUUCAGCAAUGAAAUGACUUCGAGUUCAGAUGGUAAUGAGUUUACUCAGGAUGACUUUGAGAAAGCCAUUUGCAUGUGUGUUGUUUGUGGCAUACUUCCAAUUUCAAUUUCUGAGGAGCCUAUAUUCAGUAUUAUGGUGCAAGCCAUAGCGAAUAGUCCAGAGUUGGAUCCCAAUUUUGUUCGUAGAGCCCUUUGCUUGUUUGUUCUUGGUUGUGCCCUUCCUCUAUCGAUUUGUAAGAAACACGUAUUCAAACAAAUGAUGUGCAUCGUGAAUCCCCAAUGCAAAACCAUUUUAGAUGCAUUGGAUCUCUGUACCCUUAUGAAAGAUGCCCUUGGAAUUUGUGCAGAUAAAAGAAAGAUUGUGAUGGAAGAGUUAGCGAAAGCACCUGGUAGAAUAUCAUUUACUUUUGACAAUUGGGAAGAUGGUAGGCAAGAUGAGUUUCUACCAUUCACUUUUGACAAUUGGGAAGCUGAUAAGCAAGAGAAGUACCUUUGCAGACAGUAUAUGUGCAUCACAGCACAUUGGAUUGAUGCGAGUUGGGAGUUGCAAAGAAGAGUGAUUAGUUUCGGAACUUUACUAUAUCCAUUAGAUGGUCUUUCUAUCGCUGAGGAAGUGUCUUCGUGUUUGACUGGGUGGAAGUUGAUAACAAGGUUAUGACUCUGACUUUGGGUAAUCCAUGUUAUGAUGAAACUGUGAUUACGUCUCUUAAGACGCGCUUUCUUGCUAAUAGAUCCCUCUUAUCUAAUGGUGAUUAUUUUCAAAUUCGUGGUUUCUGUUAUAUUAUGAAUCUUGCAGUGGAAGAUGGUAUCAAACUCAUUGAUGAUAUUGUUCAGAAAGUUAGAGGUGUAGCAAUCCAUAUCCAAUGUGAUAUUUUGAAAAGAAAGAACUUUUAUGAGAUUGCAGAUAAUCGUUUUCAUUUGAAUACCAAGAAAAGGUUGCGUCCUGAUGAUGGUUAUAGAUGGGAUUUGACUUAUACAAUGCUUGAUCACGCUCUUUAUUUCAGGCCUGUUCUAGACCAUUUGGGACAAAAUGACGAAGAACUGAAAUUCUGUGAACUUUCUGCUGAAGAGUGGGACAAGUUGGCUGUUGUGCUUAAGUUUUUGAAUGUUUUUUAUGGUGUUACCAAUCGGUUUUUCUCCUCCAAACAGCCGACUUCAAAUACUUAUUUUAGGGGAAUAUGGGAGAUUCAGAUGAAACUACAACUAUUAGAAGCAGCCAACGGGCCACAUGAUUUCAUGGUGUUCAGGACUAUACACAUAUUUUGCAAAUGAUCCUGAAGAGUCAGAUGCUGAGGAUGAAAGUAAUGAAGAGAUGGAAGAUGAUGAAUCUGAGGAUUCGGCCACAGCCACUUAGGUAUCAGCUUUUGGAAUUAUGGCUUCUUUUGGAUGUAUUUUGUUUUUGGAUGUAGUAGUGAAGCAAGGAUUAUGGACAAAUUGAUGUAUUUGCGUCAUAUUAAUAUUAUGU